CGGCGGAGCAUUCCGGCUCGACAGCGACGCGACGUUGGACGAGUCGACGUUUCGUUCCGUGCCCCCGGUGGACAUGCCGCUCGCGACCCGCGUAGCUCCAGCCGCGAGAGAGCCCUGAAACCUGAAAACCGCCCCGAAAUCAGUCUCGCCCAUGUGAUUCACGUGUCGCACAGUCCCGGUUUCAAGUGUCUCUAGAGAUGGAAUAGUGAUCCGAAGGAUUUUUGUGUAGGCACAAGUUAGAAAGGCGCACGGGCAGAACGAAACGAUCGACAAUGAUGACAGGAGCGCGGACUGAUUCUCGGCGACACUAACUCCGACUCGACGAAUUCGAAAGCGAGAAAACGAACGUGUGGUCAUUUGGCUUGGUCAUUUGACUUAUCGACGGCUGAGCCGAAGUGACGUCACUCAUGAACAUGAACCUGCAGCACUCGGCCUCGGCCAGCGCGGCCUUCGCUGGCUACAGCGAGGACCCCCGCGGCGCCCCCAACCAGCACCACCCCCAGCACCACCACGGCCACCACGGCCACCACCACAACCCCGCCAAGCAGAUGAACUACGCCUUGAGCAGGCAGCGCAGCUUCCACGCCAGGAGCUCGCUCCAGUACAACAACUCGCAGCAGAUGCUUUUGCACCCCAACCAGGGCAAAGAGAAUAAAAGGACAGUUAAUAUGCCGCUCAAGAAGCAGACAAUGGAAAUCUACAGACCGCCAAAUGUUCGAGAGGAGCCCAGAAAUGGAAAUGGACGAGGUUCUUUUGAAGCAGGCACCAAACUAAAUGUUCAUGCCAAAGAAUUCACCAUGUCUCCACCAUUGCAAAACUCUAAAUCAAGUGGUAAUUUGCAUCAGAUCAUGAACAAUGGGUCAGUGCCUGUUUCAGUGUCUUUCCAGUCAAACCGACUUCAACACUCAAAGUCAAGUGGUAAUGUGCUGCACACUACUUCUCAUGUGCAACCACAGAGCCCUCCUCUGAAAGUGCACUUUGCUCCGGUAGAAAAAAAAGGCGACACAAACAACAAUUACUCCAAGCCAUCCUACAAUCAGAUCCAGGCCUCAGUGCAGAACGGGCAGUUGUAUAACGUUCCUGAUCACUUGCGGUUAAAACGAUCGAAAAGUAUGAACGAUGCAUUGAAAAAAUCAACAGAUAUCAGCGAUCUGGGACCAUUACCUUCUGAUAUACACUCUCUUAUUCAAAAAGCUAGUCUGAAUCCGAAUGAUUUAAGUCAACGGCAUUUAAUGAGUUCAGCAAAAUUUCUAGUCGAAAAAGCGGUUGAAAAUCGAGAAUAUUCAAACGCGGCCGCUAAAAUUUGUGCUACAAUAAUAGAGAAAUCAAGAACAGAAACUUUUGUUGAUUCUCUAUUCAACACUUGUCAAUUCAUCUUCAAAGAGCGUGAAAAGCUUUUGCGAACGGCACCAUCCAAGUAUCCAGCGUUUUUGGCCUUCUUGUACGAAUUGUACACCCAAAUGAAAAGCAGAGAGCCGAAACUCAAAACAGCCUACAGCAAUCUCCGAACUUUGACACUCAUCGCAUCGUGUCUCCUCGACUUCCUCAACCAAGGUGUCAUGAAGGUCAACAGCGAAGUUGAAAGCUUAUUUUUUGUUUUCAGCUCCAUUGGGCAAGAUUUGGAAGUAUUUUUACCAAAUAAGCUCAAUGAGAUAAUGGACCAGAUGCGCAUUCAAUUUUUAAAGCAAACCACUUCGCCUAGUUUUCGGAAAACUUUGCUGCAAAUGAUCGAACUAAGAGCAAGCAAGUGGGCUCUUCCAGUUGAAAGUAUUAUUUACUACUAUCCUAGCAAUAGCCAAAAAAAGUAAAACUGCCGUUCUCAGUUAAAGCAACUGAUUCCCAACUGAGUCCUUAAUUGACAAACAUUUUUUAGUUGGCUCAAAUGUAAAAAGAUAUCAACAAAGAAGGCAAUUUCUUAUUUUGAUUUAACGUUCUUAAUUCAAAAUUUCAUCGCAGAACUUUCCUGCUUUCUGAAAGGUUUUUUCAUACUUUUGACAGUAAAUUGUUUGCUUUGUGUUUUGCUUUAAAAAAUUGACUAUUUUUAAAUUCUGUAUCAGUGAAUUCUGAGAAACGUUUGACACAAGUAUGUAAAUCAUUUUUUUUAUUUCAAAGAUUCCACCAGAUUUUACUGUCACAAUCUUAUUAUUACUCAUGAUUGAUUUGUAAUGAUGAAUUUUUUUAUAAAUUUUAAAGAAGAAACAAAUAUUGAAAUAAUGAUCAAAUUCAUUAUCUCUUUGCUCCAUUCGCUCAGCACUAUGAAAAAAUUAUAUGAAUAUGUACCAGGUACAUAUUUUUGAACUUUUAAUACCGCCAAAGGGCAGGAAGGAAAAUUUAAAAGGUGUGUAAAGAUAUCUUUUAGGCAAA